AUCAGUAUGGCUUGGAUAUACUACAAGAAGGCCUUUCAUAGUGUCCCUCACAGCUUGUAAUUAAUGGAAGUCGUUCGCAUAUUCAAAAUAUCAUCAACAAGAGUCAAAAGUUUCUUGCAAACAACAAUGAAGGACUGGAAAACUAGACUCUUACUCCAGCAUUCCAGCAUGAGAACGGCGAGCACUGAUGCAAUAAGGAUAAACAAUUGCAUCUUCCUGCAAGGAGACUCAUAUUCACCUCUUUUAGUUUGCCUUGCACUUGCACCACUCAGCCAGGGUGUGCACUUACAGAAUUUUUGAAGAAAUUAAAAGGUUUCACAUCUAUUUUACAUAGAUGACUUGAAACUAUAUGCUAGAAACAAUGACCAGCUUGAGUCCCUGCUUCAUACGGUGUCAAUGUUUAGCAAAGAUAUAAAAAAGGAUUUUGGAUUAGACAAGUGUGCAAAGGCAACGUUUAAAAGAGGUAAACUAGUCAAGUCCACCAAUAUCCGACUUGAUACCAACACAGCAAUCAAAGAUCUUGACCAAGAAAGAUUUUACAAGUACCUUGGGGUAACAGAAAGAGAUGGAAUAGAGCACUCCACCAUGAAAGAGCAAAUCCGUAAGGACUAUUACAGAAGAGUCCGCCUGGUCUUAAACAGCGAGCUGAAUGCAGCCAAUAUUAUAACCGCAAUCAACACUCUGGCUGUCCCUCUUGUCAGCUACAGCUUUAGCAUCAUCCACUGCACUUUGACGGAGCUAAAGAAAUUAGAUAGAAAAACAAGAAAAUUCCUAGCAAUGAAUAAGAUGCACCAUCCUAAAGCAGACGUCGAUCGCAUCUAUCUACCCAGGAAAGAAGGUGGAAGAGGAUUAAUCCAGAUAGAAAACAGCUAUAAGUUGUCGACUGUAGGGAUGAACGUAUAUAUCAACGAGAAGGAUGACAAGCAUGUUAAAUUGGUGCUUCAGCACGAAAUGGCAAAGAAGAAGUACUCAAUUGUGAGAGAGGCUGACAAGUUUUAGCGAGUAAUGGAACCUCCCUACCCAAUGUGAAAAAGCCUGUAGUACAACAGAAAAGGCCAAGAAACGAAAGGAACAAAAGUAAAGCAUAUUUUUUUUACAGUCUAUAAGAGAAUCAUGGGAAGGAAAGCCAAUGCAUGGACAAUACUAUAAAAGGCUAAGUAAAGCAGACACUGAUAGAGACAAGACCAAUAAGUGGCUUAAAAGUAGCGGACUCAAAGCCGAAACAGAGGGGUUCAUAAUCGCUGCUCAAGAUCAAAGUCUACCUACAAGACUAUAUCAUAACCAAAUAAUCAAGGAUAACACAGAUCCGAAAUGCAGACUCUGUGAUACCUCAGCUGAAUCAGUGGACCACUUAACAUCUGUGUGCCCUGACGUCUUGGCAAGAAAAGAGUACGUUGAAAGACAUGUUAAGGCAUUAAGUUACAUCCAUUGGCGCAUGUGCAAGCACUACAACUUUGAAGCACAAGGUCCAAACUGUUCUGAAUAAUGAAUAUGCCACCAUUUUGUGAGACAUGCCUAUACAUAAGGACAGGGAAAUCGGUGC